CCUGCUCCUGGGAGUGCUAACUUCCAUUUCUUUCCAGAUCUUGUGAUGGCUUCAACUUGGCAUAAAGCUCAGGAAUUCUACAGCUGGGUCCUUGAGAGUGGAGACCCAAGGACAGCCCCAUGGCCCCUGGUGCACUCUCCACUUCCAGUCACACUUCUCUUUGCCUCCUACCUCUCUGUUGUGAAACUGGGGCCCCUCUACAUGCGCCAGCGGAAAGCGCUGGAGCUGCGCGGCCUGCUGAUCGCCUACAAUCUCACCAUGAUGGCAUUAUCAAGCUACAUGUUUUAUGAGUUUCUAGUGACUUCAGUCUUGGGCAACUACAGCUACCUGUGCCAGCCAGUGGACUACAGCCAAAGUGAACUAGGAAUGAGGAUGGCAAGAGUGUGUUGGUGGUUCUUCUUCUCCAAAGUCAUCGAGCUGCUUGACACGGUGUUCUUUAUUCUGCGCAAGAAACAAGAGCAGGUGACCUUUCUGCACGUGUACCAUCACGGCACUAUGCUCUUCAACUGGUGGUCAGGGGUCAAAUAUGUGCCUGGAGGACAAGCCUUCUUUAUAGGGAUGCUAAACUCCUUUGUACACAUCUUCAUGUAUGGCUACUAUGCCCUGGCCAGCCUGGGACCACAGAUGCACCGUUACCUCUGGUGGAAACGUUACCUAACCAUCAUGCAGCUGUGCCAGUUUGUAGCCAUCGCUGCUCAUUCCUCCUACAACCUCUUCACAGAAUGUCCAUUCCCUGAUGGCUUCAACACUGCAGUCUUCCUCUACAUUCUCAGCCUCAUUGCUCUCUUCCUGCACUUCUACUAUGGGACCUACAUUAAAGGAAAGCAGGAGAAGCUAACUUAAAGAAAAUCAAAGAGGAGACAGAGCACAUUCUGAUGAACUUGACCAUUCUCUGCUGCUUCCAACAUAAGUGCAUGAGGAAGAUGCAUUUGGGUGGUGUGUGUAAGGUUCCUCUAUGCAGUCUCACAGUUGCCUUCAAAUAUCUCAAGCUAGGAAUUCAAAAGGAAUAACAACCUCAGGGAUCAAGGUAUUAAGGA